ACACACACACACACACACACAGCACGCUUCUCCCCGUUCCCCCCUCUUUACGCCUGUCCCUUCCCCCCUUCUCGCGAUGGACCACAGGGAGGACGCCAACCUGGAGGAGCAGCUCCAGGACAUCCGUGCGGUCCGCCUGGCCGCGCAGUCGCUCGUGUCGCUGACGGAUCAACUCAUCCAGGAGGUGCCGGUGGUGGCGCAAAACUUCGAGGUCCUUGGCUCCCAUUGCACCCAGUGGGAGGCGGUCAUGGAUGGGUCGCUGGCGGCCCGGACGCCGGCCCGCGGGCCCGGCGCCCCAUCCGUCUAGAUGUCCUCCCCCCCCCCCCCUCUCCGUUGUUUUGGCCCUUCUGGGUGGCGGCGCCCCUGCCGAUGCACGGCGAUGCGCCCGCCCGCUCUGCCCUGGGGUCUCUGGCCCGGCUCGUGCGUGACGAGGUAUGCCAGCGGCUUCCCGCCUGCCCAAAAUACAGGCCCCCCCCCCCCUUCCAAA